UUCUCCGACAUGUAUGUGGAGUACACUCGCACGCUGGCCUCCUUCCUGUCACUGGACAUCUGCACACUCACUUGUCCUGACAAGCAGCAGAAGGUGAGCCAGGUGGAAAAAGAGCAAGUCCAAGUGCUGUCGCUUCAUCUGGCGCCUGUAAGCCGCGUCCACUGUUACCUGAGUCACAUCCAGAACUUGCUGCAGUGGACCAGUAUCGAGCAUCCUGACUGCAGCCUCCUGCUGGGCACUGAGCGCGUGCUGAGGGACGUCCUGUCUGCUUGUCACGCCGUCCUGGAGGAAGACCUGAACCGUGAAGACCAAGAACAACAAAACCGUUGCUGUGCCGACACCCGCAGCAGCGCCCUCCAGAGGACACAAGCAGACACUGCAGCCCAGAGAGAGUCUUUGCUCCUCACCAACGGGUCUGGCGUGCGUCUGGAGUGUUGGUCCUGCAGCCCCGUGAGGAGGAAGACCUGCUCGGAUCAUGUCCCCCAUCCCGGACGCUCCCUCCUCCUCACUCCGGACACUCCAGGGUGGGGCGAGACCAGCGACUCGGGCCUGGGCACCUUCAGAGCGUCAGAGCUGGAGGCGCACCAGACCCCGGAGGAGCCGGAGACGGAUGCGGACACCUCGGCCUUGGACGACUCCUCCGGGACGUCCUGCGGUCCGGACUGCACUCUGUGCAGGGAGGUGCUGGAGGACGAGGAGGACAGCCAGGUCCCGGUUCUGCUGAAGCCUCGGGAGCAUUCCGAGAGGAGCGUUUGUCUCAGGUGGCAGAUCCCCAGACUGACCCCUCACCCCCCGCUGAGGAAGUCCAUGCCCGGCAAGAAGCUGGUCAGCGUCAGGAAGGGAUCUCCUCCGCUCCACGCCAACCGGGCCUUCAGGCCCAUCUGGGACCACCCGUCUAAGCAGGUUGGCAUCAAGGCCGACCCGACUCCGGAGAAGGACCGGAGGCAAGGCUUCGUUCCGGUCCGGACGUCCGGCAGGCAGAACUUUGCGGCCUCGAGGGACAACCUGAGACCAGGACUGCCGGCUCAGCCCGGCUUCUCUUUGGCGCCCUCUAGUGGAGCUUUGUGGGAGGACAGCGAGGACAGCGAGGGACCCUGCAGCACCGUUUGAGGCCGGACACGAGCUGCACUGCAACACCUUCCUUAACUCAGAGUUACACAACAAAAUACACUUUCUGGAAUUAUCAUAUUUCCUCCAAUAGUUGCCCACUAUGGCACCUGUAAAGCUGACGUUAACAGUCAAAAGUGUAGUCUGGAUUAAUUAAUAUUAGUUGCCUCCACUCCACAUAGACACCGUGUUCCUAAAAAUCACCAUAGACAUUAACACACGGCAUCUGUAAAGCUGACAUUGUCUAGAUCAGGGGUCACCAACACACCAGGUCGCCCGUAAGGACCAGAUGAGUCGCCCGCUGGCCUGUUCUAAAAAUAGCUCAAAUAGCAGCACUUACCAGUGAGCCGCCUCUAUUUUUUAAAUUGUAUUUAUUUACUAGCAAGCUGGUCUCGCUUUGCUGGACAUUUUUAAUUCUAAGAGAGACAAAACUCAAGUAAAAUUUGAAAAUCCAAGAAAAUAUUUUAAAGACUUGUUCAAAUAUAUUCAUUUAUUUUUUUACUUUGCUUCUUAUAACUUUCAGAAAGACAAUUUUAGAGAAAAAAUACAACCUUAAAUAUGAUUUUAGGAUUUUUAAACAGAAAUACCUUUUAAAUUCUUUCCUGACAAUUUAAAUCAAUGUUGAAGUAUUUUUUUUUUUUAUUGUAAAGAAUAAUAAAUACAUUUUAAUUUAAUUCUUCAUUUUAGCUUCUGUUUUUUCCACAAAUAAUAUUUGUGAAAUAUUUCUUCAAACUUAUUAUGAUUAAAAUUCCCCAAAAAUAUUCUG